UGUCAACAACGUUUCCCCUCCCUCCCAUGGGUGCAUGGCCCCCCCGCCGGCUGCCCGGGUUCAGGUUUUUCUCGGCCCUGCGAGGGGACCGCCCGGGGCAGGGGCAGGGCCCGGCCCGGGUAGGAGCCGCCCCUUCCUGCCUCCCCCCAACCCAGGAGCCCUUUGUGUUUGCAGCGGAGCCAUGGCCGGGGCCGGGAGCGCAGCGCGGAGGCUGCUCCACCCCUGCAGCCCGCGGGGCAGCGCGGAGCCCCCACGAGAGCAUCGGGCCCCUCUGGGAAAAGAGCGAGAAGCAGCCAAAGCCCAGGAGCAGCAGCAAAGCGAGGCGCUGCUGAUACAGACAGAAGCUGAGAGGCAGAAGAUCGUCUGGGAGUGGCAGGAGCUGCGAGGGUUUCUGGAGGAGCAGGAGCAGCGGCUGCUGUACCAGCUGGAAGAGCUAGAGAGAGCCAUUGUCCAGAGAAGGGAUGAGGGCAUUUGCAGACUAUCCUGGGAGAUUUCCCUGCACAGUGAGCGGGGAGGAGAGAAGGGGCAGCAGCCGCUGAGCCAACCCCUGCAGGGUGCUGGGAGCAGCAGGGAGGACGGGACGUUUCGGAAGCUGAAGCUGGGGUUUGCAGAGCUGGAGAAAAGACUCAGUGAUUUCUCUCUGAAAAGCGCCCACCUGCAGGAGGUGCUGCUGGGAUUCAAAGAGAUGCUGCGACUGGAGCUGGGGAGUGACACAGUCCCCCUUCUUGCCCUGACAGGCUGUAGAGUAACACCUGCCUUUGGCUCCCGAUGCUCCCAUCCUCCCCGGGGACGAGAAAGGACAAUGGCUGCGGUGGAGCCAGUCCAGGGGCUGGUGACCUUCGAGGAGGUGGCUGUGUAUUUCACCAGGGAAGAGUGGGCUCUGCUGGACCCCGCUCAGAGAGCCCUCUGCGGAGACGUCAUGCAGGAGAACUAUGAGAGUGUGACCUCGCUGGGGUUUCCUGUGUUCAAAUCCGAUGUGAUCUCCCAGGUGAAACAAAUGGAAGAGCCAGGGCCCCCGGUUCUCCAGGGCUUGGAGGAAAGAGAGAUUCUGAUGGCCACCUGUUCUGCAGGCGGUGGGAUGCUGAGUGAGAAUGUGGAGCAGAAUCCUCACCAGGAACAUGCUGAGCAAGUGGAAGCACAUGGGGGAUUAUUGCAAGGAUAUCAAGGGAAUGUGUCCAGGCAUCAUGUGCAGGGAAAAGCCUGUGAGAGUCAGCACAGGCCAGAGAGACAGCCGGAAAGUCAACCAGGGGAGAAAGUGGGUAAAUCCCCUAAUUGUCAGGAAACUCACAACAACUUCAAGGAAAGCACAGCCCAGCAGAGAAUCCCAAUGGGAGAGAGACCCUAUAAAUGUGCUGAGUGUGGGAAGACCUUCAGUUUGAGUUCAAACCUUAUUAAACAUCAGAGGAUCCAUACAGGAGAGCGCCCCUAUGAAUGCGGAGAGUGCGGGAAAACCUUCACUCACAGCUCACACCUAACUAGACAUCAGAGAAUGCACACCGGAGAGAGACCCUACGAAUGCUGUGAGUGUGGGAAAACCUUUCGGUACCGCUCAGACCUUAUCACGCAUCAGAGAAUCCACACGGGGGAGAGACCCUAUGAGUGCUGUGAGUGCGGGAAAAACUUCAGCCAGAGCUCAAACCUUAUUAAACAUCAGAGGAUCCACACCGGAGAGAGACCCUACGAGUGCUGUGAGUGCAGGAAGACCUUCACGCGGAGAUCAAACCUUAAUGCACAUCAGAGAACCCACAAAGAUGCAAGACCCUAUGAAUGCUUUGUAUGGGAAAACCUUCACACUGAGCUCACACCUUACUACACAUGAGAGAAACACCUUUUAAUAACCUUUUCAAAGCCUGACAAAAGUUGUUGGGUUUUUUUGUUUGUUUGUUUUGCAUUAAUGCUUUUGUUAAUUCCCACCUAAUGAUCUUUAAGGAUAUUGGCAGAAUUAUCUUUACUGUGGUCUCUCACCUCCCCACGUGAGUUGUCCACUUUUGUGUUUUGCUGCUCGCCCUUCCUUGGGAUGAAUACCGUGGUCCUCUCUAUCAACUCCUAUGAGUCAUGGGAGAGCUAGUCUCUCUUGCCGGGAAUGUCCAUCAACCAAGGCGAGGGAGAUAAGGAUGACCUUCAUUAGCUACAUUGAAGCACAGUCUACGUGGGCCUCACCUCCGCUAGGUUUUUCCCAUGCAGUUAGCUAGCUCAUGUUCACUAUCCCAAUGAAGAAGACAGCUACUCUUGCUGGAAUGGGUGUGGUUAGCUAGGCUAUUUUCUCAUGAGCUGACCUCACUUUUUAUGGCUUUUCAUAGUCUAAAAAAGCCCAGAGCAGCACAUUUGUAUUGUUCCUCCCAUUGCAAAGCGGUUGUGAGAGUCAUCAAGUUCUGCCUUGAGGAUAAAUUGUCUCAUUCUCUGCUGUUCUCACAUUGCCCUAGGGUGUGCUGAUGAGCAGUUAUAUACUUUUUUUUACCAUUUUUCUCAUUUAAAAUGUAUUUAAAUAUAAUAAAAAGCAGGAGCAUGGGUGGGAAAAAAAGUGUCUUUUCCACCACUGUGACACCCGAAGAAGGUGGGGAGAGUCAGAGGGAUCCCCUCCUUCCCCAUCAGCCCAGCAGCGUUAAUCUCCGCACGGCUAAAAUAGAAGGUCUUGUCUUCACAUUCUACCCGUCCACAUCCUAGAGAGUCAUGUGAUGCGGCAGCCUCAGGUUUCUGUGCUUCGGAAUGGUGCUUUGAUUUCUUUGAUCCUAAAUCAGACUCAUUAGGGCUGGAGAUGAGUGUCACAGACCUGGAAGGGGAAUUCCAAUGGAUCCCAAACACAGUGUGAUCAUACUGAGUUUAAAUCCCAGUUUUCAUCUAUUGGCAAAGCCACUUUGGUCUCUUUCCUACUGAGUUGGGAUUGUUUGCAGAUGGGAAAGUUGGCUGGUUUUGCACUCCUUCCCCCCUCCCCUCCUCCCAUUCUGAUGAUGCUAAAGCUUUUGUAAAUAACACAACUCACUAAUGAGACAGUGGUGAGUGAAGGAGGUUUGAACGACUCAGAGAAGAUGAUGGGAGAAUCAGUGGUCCUGCUUCUGAGUUAUCGGAUGUAACCUGCUGUGGAAUUUCACGUUACAUGACCCUAAAUGUGUCUCAUGACCUCUCUGUGAGGUGGGUUUUUCUCUCAUGCCUGGAGGCCCUUUGGUCACACAACCAGAUAUUAAUUUAGUUUGACAGGACGUAGCUCAGAUUUACUGGGGACUUUGAGACAAAUGACCAUUUGCUAAAAUAGUCAUUUCUUAGUAUAUUUUUGCUUUCCUCCCACCUCUCCAUUAUGACACACAGGAAAUUCAAGUGCAGUUCAGUCAACAGGAUUGAAUACUCCAAGCUAUUUGGCAUGCUAGCAAAGCAAUAGUAGCGUUUUUAAGUCUCCAGUCUGAAUUGGUGAGCAAUAGCAGACCCCAGACUGUGCAACUAACUGAAGUAAUUGCCUGCGAUCACAAUGCCAUUCAGUUCUUUAGGUCAAUAUUAUCUCAGAUGAUCCAGGGAGACAGUGUCAUAGUAUGUGGCUUUCAACUGGGCAAAAAUGCCCAUGUAUUUUUCCCCCCCAAAGCACGUGUGACCCAGGCCCGACAGGAGGUUACUCCUGUGAUUUGGUAAAUACUGUCCCUAACUAUGCAGAUGUAGAGAAAUAGACGUGGUGUUUUUGUUGAACUCACCCCUUGUACGUGCUGUAAAUGUGUAUAAAAUGAAGUAAGUGUUGAAUGUUAUGUAGCUGCAGGAAAAAAAACUGUUUUCAAAUAGAAAUCCUACCUCUACUAGCUUAAAGAAAUUCGGGAUCCAGGUUUGUGUCCAGUCCCUAAUUUAGACCUGUGCCACCAGAUUAAAGAAAGAAAUUGAGCAUGCUUGGGAGAGACCAUUCCUCACUAACACUCUUGAGAUUUGGGGUGUAAAUUAACCUUGACCAAGGCCAAAGAUUUGGCAAGAGUUCAGGUAGAAAUAGCAUGCAGCCAGUUGUUAGCUUACAUCACAAAGUCAAAAAGCUCUGGUGAACGGUGCACAAGUCAAAUUGUUUUAGAACACCAUUUCCUAGUUCAGUGUCACUGAUGGCCAAAGGAUGCCAUGCUUAGAUCCGUGGACAAUUGUCCUUUUCCAUUUGGAUCCAACGUUUCAUGAGGUAACAAGAGAAACAGCUGAUGUCUUCAGAGAACAUUCUUUCCUCAAGGAUCACAAUCUGGCUGCCUGGUUGGGCAACAACGACUUCCCUUUUGUGCAAGUGAUGGCUACAGUGAGGGAAUGAAUUUGUCAGAUUCCAAGUUGAGACUUCAACAUACAUAAAUGUUGAGUCCUGAUGCUAUUCUUUUGUCUCAUAGUUUUGCUCUUGUGUCUCAAGCAUUUGUAUCACUUCUCUUCCACCUCCUGCUACUUCGAAAGAUUAGAAAGUGUGGAAAUAGCAUACAGGUGUUUGCUUGUGAUGCAAAUCUCGCUACAUAGUGUGAGGCUCUUCUCUCCAAAACUUAUGACAGAAGACCCAAACUUAAAUGAACCUGUAGAUGUGGAAGAACCUAUGUUGGGGUAAACAUCAACUUGACAUAAAAGUUCACUUGGUGGAAAUGGGAAUUAAAAGAAAACUGAUGUAUGAUAAGAUUUUGUAAGCUUUGAAUAUGUUGUUAUAACCAGCGAAAAUGAAAUUAAACACAAAGAUGGUGGUUAAAGAGUAAGAGACUAAUUAUGUGAUCAUUGGAAAACUGAGAGUUGUAUAUAUAUAUUUGUUUUGUUAGUAAUAAAGGAAAUGAUGGAUAAUCCUGAAAAGUUUAUGCAAUGUAAUUUACCCCCUUCAGACUAAAAAGUUCUGAAGUAAAAACUCACUCCAAGUAUUGGGAUGGUGGAUAUGUAAGAGAAAUACUGUAUAUGAGACUACAGACCUGGUAUAGAUGUCAAUUGUUUCUAUUUUGAAUGGAAUUUAUUUUGAUACACAUCAAAGUGAAUUUCUGUUAACUUGUCUUUAAGUAUUUUUUUCUCUUAUGUAACCUUUUAUCCAGUUAGACUGCAAAAGUCACUGAGUACCCCUCUUCUCUUAUUUGCAAAGGAUGUGACAUCUGUCAUGAGAUGUCCACAUUUAUUUGUAAGAGUAGUGAUGCAGUGGGUACUUUUUCUGCUAAAACCUUUGCAACUAACUAUUUUUACAGGUGCUGAACCCCCUUUUCCUUUUGAGGCCAGCUCUUAGAAUAUUAACCCUGAGACCUGACUAUGGAAACGUCCUCAAAACUUGUUUUCCUUUCACAUUUGAUACCUUUGGGGUUCACACAUUCCGACAAAAUUUGGUUUGUAACAAUAGAUAUUAUAAGAAAACUGCUUGGUUAAGGGAGACUUUUCCUAGCUGACAUUAACCCAAAGUCUGUCUCAUUCCAACUGGGUCAGGCCAUGUUGUCUGUAGCCACAGCAUAUUUCACCCCUAAUUUUCAGCUAGCUCCUUGGAUUCGAGUUUUAGCAUUUAUAAGAGUUGAUUAUCUGCUGUAUUAAUCUGAUGAUUUGGCUCCAUUGAUGACUUGAGUCCAAUGCAGUGGCAUUAAUGCUUUGAUUUUUGUGAUUUGAUCUUCACUGUAUUGUUUAAUACAGUUUAGUAUUUUUAUAGUAAUAUAUAAUUUAGUAUUAGUACUAAGAGUUCUCGGUUUUAUUUGUUGUUCAUCCACCCUAUAUAUUCCUCCUUGAGUGUCGGCUUUUGUUAAUAGUCAUCAAUUCCCUCCUUGGAAUUUGUAUAGGGAUAUGAGGCAGGUGUGAGCAUGGCAGGCCAGGGGCCAGCUUGUGGCAAGUUCCCCAUGUCUGAACUGGACACUAACAGAUACUGGAAUCUGUCUUGUGGGAUACUUUUGAUAAAAUAGGUAUUAGACUGCUAAGAAAGUGUUUAAUGUUUAGACUCUGUUGAAUGCCAUGCAUUAAUCUUAGUUGUUCUAUCUAUGUUCCAUAUUGUAACAUAAUUCCAUGUUGUAAUAUGUUGAAUGUGUGUCGUGUGAGCCUCUGUGACUGUACGUAUCACCAUACAGGAGGGGAUAUUAAUUAGUGCGAAUGGCUGCUCUUCUACAGAAAUUGUUCCCCCUUCCCCAGCCCCCCUAUUGCCAGACGGGCUAUGGUUGGAUUUUACAACUGGAAACUCUACAUCAACGAAAGGACGAAAGACUUGUUCCAUUCUCGUCCCCAUGAAGAUGAGUUCUGCGCAUGGACUCAUCCCAUCAACUGACUUUAAAGCUCAGAACACAUGGCAGGAGGGAGAUAAAUACCCCAAACAAAAGGAACUAUGGAUCUCAAUGAUGCUUGGAUUCUUGGGGGGGCAGGGAGGAAAGGUGUUUCUAGACAUAAGUAAGAGAUCCCCAGUUGCUUAGUCUGGGUUAGUCCUAAAGGAGAAAUAUGGCAGAAACCGAAGACUGUGUAACUCAUUUGUGCAUCUGUGUUUGCUUGCUUCAACCUUGUAGGUAACUCUCUGACUUCUUUUUCCAAGUUAAUAAACCUUCAUAUAGUUUACUAUA